ACAUUCAUUGCAAGUUGCAACACAGACUGAAGAAGGCGGCAGCACAUUUUCCUUUUUUGAUUAUUACAAAUACUUCCUAUUAUAUAACAAGAUGAACAGCCUGAAGACCGCAACCCUUCGAUUUGCCAGCUUAGCCAGCUCUGCAACUGGAGCUUUGGGCAAACGUGAUUUCACCCGCAGCCUGUGGCACAUGACCAAAAAGCCGGCGACGGUUGGUGGAACAGGCGGCGGCGACCACGUUACUGUGCUGAACGUGCACAAGCCAAGCAUCAAUUGCACAUGUGGUUGCAAUGUGCACACAAAGGGUGAACGUGAAUUGGUGGAAUUCCUCACUGAGGAGAUCAUCGCUGAGCGUAAAGUGCAAAAGGGCAAAACUGUGCCCACCACUUUGGAUGGUUUCAGCGUCAAAUUGAGUGGAGCCGAUGUCGAGUUGACCAAGCAAACGGAUAAGGAAAAGGUAGUGGUCAGCUUCAAUGUAAACCACACUGUGGACAGCGAGGAGGAGCCCGAGAUCAAUCCCAAUGCCGACAAGCCCGAUUUGGGUGAAAUGCGCAGCAAGCCGCAAUUCGAAGUUGACAUUAUUCGUGGCAACUCGACGUUGUCAUUCACUUGCUCCUAUUUGCAAGGCGAGGCACAGGAAGGUGAAUACAAUGAUGUUUUCUCCAUUGACGAGUUGUCUAUCUUUGAGGGCGAGUGGAACGACAAAGUUUACGCCGUUGCUGGUGAUGUGCUCGAUGGUUAUCUGUACGAUCUGUUAAUGAAUCUGCUGGAGGAGAAGGGCAUCAGCAAUGAGUUUGCUGAAAAACUGUCCGAUUUGGCCACCGCUCACGAGCACACAUCGUACAUUGGACUGCUGGAAAAACUCUCCAAGUUCACUGCUGGCGGAAAAUAAAACGCUUGCCAUCCGCAUUUAAUCUUAAGAGAAGAGUUUUGUAGAUGUUUAAGACAACCCGCAAAUUCGAUGGCAUUUUGACUGGAAACGUUUUUCAUCGUUGGUGUUUUUAGUCCUUUUGCUUUCGGACUCCACUUUGCAUACAUACAUAUGUAGUUAAUAAGUCCAAAUGUGGAAACAUAUAUGUUUAUGUUUAAAAGAGUGAAAAUACAACAGAUUUUGUUCAAAUAA